AUGGACAGACGAAGACGACUGAUGGAUCAGAUCGUCGAAAAAGUGAUAAGGUCGAUACGGUUGGGGCUCGACCACGGAAAGCUUUUGGCUUUAUUUGCCGUGAUUUACAGCUCGGUACAGUUGGCGUUGAACCAGAUAGCACCGAAGAAAACGCUCAAUCAUUUCAUCGGGGGAUUUCUCGGGGGGAUUUUGGUCUAUGGGGGUGUGCUGAAUAUGCACUUCAAAAAGCUCGUGAAUGAAGCAAUCGCAACACAGAUCACGAUGUACUGUCUGUCACGAGUUGUCCUGGCCCUGGGAAAAUGGCUUUCUGUCAAACUACAGCGCCGGACAGGACUUCGCCGCGCCCAGAUCGAGAAACUCGGUUGGAGAACAACCAGCGGCCUAGUGUGGGGACUGCUGAUGGUGUUCUACCAUAUCGAUAAGGACCUUUAUCUCCAACGGGCAUUGAGGCACAGUUUGGAUUUUCAGUUUGGCGGCACUUGCUAUAGCUGGUUGGAAGCAUUUAACUAUGCGCGUUAA